CAGCGGAAUUGAUUUGAUGGGUGAUAUAAAAGCGUACGACAGCCGCGUAUGGGUAAUCAUAAGACGCCUUCAAGUCUAGCUGACUGGACACGAGCGACGAGAGUGGCUAUUGGAGUUGAAUUGUCUGUCUUCGACGCAACGAAUGGGUUAUUGGCGUUAAAAAAUUCGUAAAUUCGGUGAAAACAUUUCGAAAGAGAAAUUAAAUUUCGCAUACAAAUAUUAAAUCCAAAAAUUGUGGUGAAACGAAAAAUUUAAAUAAAUUAAAAAUUGAAAUUUAAUAAACAACAACAGAAAGAAAGUGCGAUUCAAAUUAAAAAGUCGAAGCAGCAAAGGGAAAAUUAAUUUUUAUACAAAUAACAAUACACACCUUUGUCUUUAUGUGCUAAGAAAAAAGUUGUAUAGCGUAAAGUGCCGGAUAUUUGUAUUUUGGAUUGAAAAUAUAAUUAAAGUGUUACCUCACUUGAAACAAAAAAAAUCGCUCCGUAAAAGUGUUCAAAGUCAGCGUUGAAGGACGUGUGGAAAAAGGAGCAAAAGUGUGUUUGCGUUUAGUGGAAUCAGCAUUAAUUUUUCAUAAAAAAGAAAUAGCAACCAGAAAAAUUAUUUACAAUGGAAAUAUUGCCGCAAAAAUAUUUAAUACAUGCAGCUCUAUUGUUGGCGUCCUGCAGCGUAGCCUUGGCGUGCCGCGGACAAUUAUUGGUAUCUGGCCUGUCACCUGGCGAGCGUGAGAUCAUCCUGCACGAGCACAAUAAGCUCAGACAACUGGUAGCGACAGGUCGCUAUCCAGGUCAGCCGGGUGCUGAAAACAUGCGUGAAAUCGUUUGGGAUGAUGAGUUGGCGGCGCGUGCGCAGCAGUGGGCUAACAACUGUGAAUUCCGUCAUGACCCCCUCCGAACGAUCAAUCGCUUCACCAUGGGUCAGAAUCUUGCAAUUAUCUGGAGCACAGCCCCGCUCGAUCCCACCGACGGCGAUUUUCCAUCACGCAUCCAAAGCUGGUUCAAUGAAGUGCAAAAGUACUCCUUUGGCGACGCUUGGUCACCCAAAACUGGUCAUUACUCCCAGCUGGUCUGGGGCGAAACAAGCUUGGUUGGUUGCGGCUUUUCUGAAUACAAAGACUCCACCAAAUACAACAAGUUGUAUGUCUGUAAUUAUGGACCAGGUGGAAACGUCGUCGGUUACAAUCCAUAUGAGGUGGGUAAGCCGUCGUGUGCCACAUAUGGCUUGAGAUCGUCUUCGCGUUAUCAGGGCUUAUGCGCACCAUCGGUAGCGCCCUUUGUUAGCGCCAACGCCAUUGACACGUAUGAGUACAAGCAAAAUAACAACAACAAAAAUAUCGCUUUUUCAACGCAACCCGCUACAACUUCAACCUCUUCUUCUUCCUCUUCUUCCUCCUCCCACACUGUAUAUUCCCCCAAACAGGCGACGUACGCAUUUGGUCAACGUAAGACCGCAUCCAGUACAACGCUUAGCGCCACAGUUUAUACAACCACAAGUGGCAACAAGGCGUACACAGCUCCGACCGGUGUUAACAACAAAUACACGAACAAACUUGAGGCAUAUCGGCCGUCCACAGCUGAAUUUCAGAGGGCCGUACAGAAGCACACCCUACUAAGGACAUAUCUGAAUAAUCCGAAUUUGAGUGAACAGCAAUUGCAGCAAGAAGCAGAAAAGCAAAUAAAAGAAGAACAACAACAACAUAAUGGUAGUGCAGAUGUUGCUGUUGUGCCAGAAGUAUUUAUUUUCGACGGCACAAAACAACAAACGCAGCAAGUCCAAAAUACAACACCAAAACCGGCUAAGCGUGGCUGGAGUCUUUUGACGUGGCGUGGCUAAGCGUCAGCAAAUUGGGUUAGGGUGUUGCAACUAGUAAAAAAAUGCAUUUGAAACGACAACUGAAGCGUAAAGAAAAAUAAUUUUUUUUAUGGAAAAAUAAAUGAAAUUUUAGUGAAGAAUUGCAAUACAUUUUGGUGCGUGCAACAGCUGAGCAUCCAAUACGAAUUACUACUGUGUAGUAGCGGAAAAAGGAUGUUUCAGUGUGUCGCCAUGGGCAGCACUAUUGGGAGUAGAAAAAGUGUUGCAAGUGAAUUUCACUAAAAAAAAAUUACUUAUUGCAUUUAACAAUUUCGCCUUUGUAUUGUAAUAAUGAAAAAUUAUUCGUAAAAUUUUUGAAAAAAUUUAAUUGCAUAUCGAAUGUAAGAAUUUAAAUUCCCUGCUGUUGAUAGUUUAUAAGUAGCCUACGCCAUAUUUAGUUAUAAAGCACUUAAACGCAUACGCGUAUAUGCCCAUUUGCGCACCCAGUUUUCGCCACAGCCACGCAAAAGUUGGAUUAAGAUAUUGUAAUUUUUCAAAAAUAUGUAACUGCCUUUGAUUACUUGUGCCAACUGCCAUCCCAGCGGAAAACUCAGCCGACUUCUGCACCCUAAACGCACAAGUGAAGCUUCGCACAAUCAAUAGAGCAACCAACUACCUUUACUCAGGAACUACGCAUUGCCUGCCUGCACACAGUCCCCUCGCACAAAUACACACACGCACACACUCCCAUCUAUAAAUAAAUCAACAUUCAACAUAAGCGCCCAUUCUCAUGCAGAAGACAGCCACAGGCGAUCAACAUAAGCAUGCAUUUUAUCAUAGAAACUCAUAUUAGUAUUAGUGAGAUACAAAAGCAAGCAAAAACAAAAAAGGAAGAAAACAAAAACAACAAAUUCAUACGCAUACUCGUAUAUGAGUGUAAGCCUACGCUACUAACAAUGCAAAUGUUUGUAUCAAACGUUUGUGCCCGCAUUUAAUUACAACAAUAGCAA